UACAUUAACACAUCGCCGUAAUGAGCAUGCGUCACGGGCCCCUCUACAAUCGUGCUGAAAUGAGCAGACCAGCGGUGCUCGCGCUGUUCGAUUAAUAAGUGGAGGCAUUUCUUCGAUUAUAUUUUCCUCACUGAUGCUAACGACACGUCGUCCGAUGUAGUAGGAGUGCGCGUCGAUCGUUGGAUGGAGUGUGCGGCCGUCGGGUGGAGCAGAGCGUCGAAGUAUGAGCCGGAGCUCCCGAGCUCGUGUCCAUGAACGAUGGAAGAUCCCGACCGUGCGGACCAUUCGCCAGUAGGCUUAGAAGGUUACAGCGACCACACGGCAGGAUGCCACCACCGGGGUUCCGAGGCAGCUGACCGACUCGCUGACGGCCUGGCCGCCGGCGAAGAUGCGGACCACGAUUUCUGGAAAGUUUCUGACGAACUGCUCGCGGCGCAUCUCAAGAAGACACUCAGCCUGAGCCGCUGCGAUGCGGCUCCCAACGGGUGCUCCGUCGUGGGUGUCGGGCCGUCGGACAAGCUCAACGGUGUCGUGCACUGGCACAGCGACGACGGCGAGAGCCCGCCGCAAUCAGCCCUUCAGCGACCUCCUAGCCCGUCCAGUGAUUUUCGUUUGGCAGGCGGCAGCGACGGUGUGCGCGCACCACCGAGCCCGUGUGCCGACGGUGGCGGCGAGGGCAUCUCGUACGUCGCGUACGAGUCCGAGCGGCAGAUGCCGGACAUUAUGCGCCUGUUUCAGAAGGACCUCUCCGAACCUUACUCCAUAUACACGUACCGGUACUUCAUACACAAUUGGCCACGAUUGUGCUUUCUGGCGAUGGAUGGUGAGACGUGUGUCGGUGCCAUUGUUUGCAAGUUGGAUGUUCACAAGAAGUUGGUCAAGAGAGGCUACAUUGCAAUGCUGGCCGUAGACUCCAAGUACCGCAAAAGGAAGAUAGGUUCAACACUGGUGCUAAAGGCGAUACGGGCCAUGAUAAGCGACGAUGCUGAUGAAGUGGUGCUCGAGACAGAAAUAACCAACAAGCCGGCACUUAGGUUGUAUGAGAACCUGGGCUUCGUGCGUGACAAGAGGCUCUUCCGAUACUACCUAAAUGGGGUUGAUGCCCUGAGGCUCAAGCUCUGGCUGCUAUGAUGACGUGCAAGCGGUGUGGCAAUGGCAGCGACGGUGAGGCAAGAAUCGACAAAGGGUGAAGAAGACUGCUUUGAAAGCCGCCUCAUGCAGAACUGACUGCUUCUUCACCGUCUCGUUUACUGCAGUUAGGGUGGCCGUUAUCUUCCUUCAUACUCUUUUAUUUGUUUCCUUUUCUGCUGUCUCUUUAGCUUCACGCUCCCGAAUGAGCUAGCUGCCAAAUGCUUCCAUUCAGUGGAUUGUUUCCACUGACCAAGAAAUCGACAAAGCCUGCCAAUUCCAGAAUCAUGUGCUCCGAGUCAAUUUUUUUGUUCUAAAUGGUAGGGCAUUCUCAUUCACCUGGGGCUUAGGAAGUGUCCAGCACCAAAAGAAAGAGCUUUCUGCACGUGGGAGACCUGUUUAUCGAGGCAAAACAAGUAUUGAGCAGCGUGGAUCCCUAAGAGUGUUUGCUCCUUGAAUGCUGCUUGGUGCAGAACUGUGCUUAGCAAAGAAAAUUGCUGUGACAGUAGGCUCCUUACAUUUUCUUAAAUUGUGGGGUUGGUCUUUCAUGACCAAGGAUCAGAGAAAAGGUUGGUGUAGCAAGGCUUCAACACUUGCGUGUGCUCAUCGAAUGUUUUUCUAUUGUCCGCUCUUUCCAGCAGCUCCGGGCAAAUCAUGUUUUGUUAAUUGAACAUGCAUCUGUUUUUGUUUUAUGCACUGAAAGUUGGCUGGAAGAUAUGAAGGAUAAAUAAAAUAAAGAUAGCGCUGUUAGGACAACAUAA